GCUGGGAUAAUUUGUAUUUUAUCCUGAAACUGAACAUUAGCCGCUGUAACCAUCCACCUCUCGCACCUGGCAAUACACCUGCCUGUUGUUACCGUCAACACCCGCACGAGACCUCCGGGCUUCACUAACGCUGUAAGCAUGAAGAUUGAGAACAGCCUGCCCCGCCCCCAGCUCCCCGAGACUCCGCCCCAGACAGGCCUGCAGUUCACCGUGGCGACGGAGGAGGACUUUGAUGAGAUCAUGGCCAUAAGCCAAGACAUCUACGGAGGGCUUGACUACCUACCGACCCGCUACACCGCCUGGCUAUCCGAGUCCAACCGCACUGUCAUACUGGCCCGCAAGCAGGGCAAAGUGAUUGCCCUGGAGUCGGUGUGUGUGAUUGACGAUGGUGAGACCAUGCUGGUGGAGGGGUUACGUGUGGCCCCCCAGGAAAGGGGGAAGGGCGUGGCAGGGGUGCUGCUGCGGUUCUGCUCUCAACUGGUCAAGUCCAAGUGGCCUGAGGUGAAGGUGACCAGGCUGACCCGUGACGACCAGCUGGGGCCCAAGGACUUCCAGAAGUACCGCCUCAUCACUAAACAGGGCAUACUGCUGGUUCGCUUCAACGCUGAAGAUCUCAAGCUCCGGCUCUCCGAACUGGGACCGGUUGUGACCCUCCCCACCUACUCCGAAGGUACCCCCCAGGGUUCUGACACCCCUCUGGUUCCCCCUGUCCUUCUGGACCUCAACGAGGCCCACCAGAUGUUCCUCAACUCGGGCCUGAUGUCCAACGUGCUCCCCAACGCUACCAUCGUCCAGGACUGGCAGCCGUUCAAGCCAGUGCCCAGCAACAUGGUCAUUCUUCUGAAGAAGGACAUCGACUGGAUGGUGGACGACCGCUACACCCCCACUGUGGCCAGCCUGUGCACCCACCCCUUCUGGGUUCCUGGAGGUCCUCGCGGAGUUGGGACGGACACGUACUACCUCAACAUUGACGUGUUUGGCAAGGACAUAGGCCUGGCUCUCCAUCAGUUCCUGAGUCACCUGAGGCGCCACGCCACCACCCUGAAGGGGCACGUCAUGUGCCAGAUGUUCCUGGAUCCUCCCAUGUGGAAACCCAUGGCCGAGUUCUGUUGCCAGACACUGAAUGUGGAGCUGGUGAAGGAAUACACGGAGCAAUGCGUGGUCGAGUCGGAUGUCGUGUAGCCCGGAGGAAGAGGAAGGAGGAAGAGGAAGAGGAGAGACAAGAUGGAAGAAGAAGUAACAUGAAAUCAUUUUAAAAGUUUCCAGAGACCGAAUGAACGAAUGAACCUCAUUCUCUUUAGAAAAUGAAAUGGAACAUUUCCCCAAGAAACUUCAGAAGGAUUGGCAACAACCUCGCUAAGCAACUAUAGCGAAACACCUCAGAAGCUGCAUAAUAUUUGCAAUAUGUUUGAUUUGAACACUAACGCUAACAGAAAUAUUUUACACAAAAAAAGGCAGCUACAUGAAAAGCUUUUGACUAAUUAGUUUGAAUUAGCUUCUCACCGUUUUUUUUAUAACCAUUCAGUCAUUUAAACAAAUCUAGCUCUUAACAACAGGAUGCUAAUGUUAUUCCUUUAAAAUAGAAAAAAAGACAAAAUGUAAGCUAGCUUGGAGAAUAUCAUGCCUUUCAAUCCUUUUAAUGUAACUAUAAAGUAUAAAUAUGUACACAUUCUGAAUUGCAAAUAAGUCUGCACAACUCUUGAGGCACUUUAUGAAACCAUAUGGGCUGUUGUGCUAAAGUGCAAGUGAUGACGGGAGGAGGAGAGGAAUCGUUUAACUUUUAGAAAUAACAGAAUAUAACUCAUUCAGAACGCAUCACUCCCUUGGUAACGGUAGAAAUCCUUAUGGACCUAAUCUAUCCAACACCAUAUCCCCAAAUACUGUCCAACAAACAACAGCCCUUCAGUGAAUCUUACAGAGCAUUUGCACGCUUAUAAUUCACACAAAAUGGCUGAAACGAAACAGCUAUAAUUACACUUAGCUUAUAACACUAAAACAUGGCCAGUUUGCAUUUAAAACAAUUUCAUUUUUUUUUAAACAAUUGCUCAAUUGUUUUGUUUUUAUGUUUUUAAGCACUUAAUCAUAUCGCUAAUUUAUUGUUACUUUUACUCGUGUACUUGAAUGCAACCGUAGUAUCUAAAGAGGUAAUAUAUUAUCAGCAGAAGCUUUCUGGAGGCUUUCUAAUACUUAAUGUGCAAUCCAAGCUUACUCUAUAGUACAUUGCUAGUAGUGUGAAAAAGGGAGCUGUACUUACUUUACAGUAAACCACAAAGACUAAAACUAUUUAACUAAUGUAGUUCUGAUUGACUUAACAUUAACAACAUUGUUCAGUAGCUAGAGAAAUAUUUCCAUGGUAAAUGUCGCCCUCGCAAAUAUUAGCUGACAACCUUUGUAAAGACCGAAUUGUAGUCCCUCAUCAACAUAGACUCAGUCAUCAGACAUGCUGUGAAACAGCCCUCUGAAACCAUUUUAAGCUUCGUAGCCACUCUAAGAUGCUUCAUAACCCCUCUACGAAGCUCCAUAGCUACCAUAAGAAGCUUCAUAAGCUUUGGGACAUGAUCAGAGCUCAGAUAAGCAAAUGGGACACCCUUUGCCCUCGAAAGUUUCAUAACCACUCUACUAAGCUUCAUAGCCACUCUAAGAAGCUUUAUAAGCUUUCGGCUCUUGAACGUUCCCUUUAAGACAUGAUGCCCUUGACACUAUGUAGCACUGAAUGAGCCUACAUUGCAACCCCCAACUUGAAACCACUACAGAUCAGUUACUGGCCACUUCACUGACUCCAACCUGCCCUCGUUGUAAAAGGGACCUUGUUGUAAAGGAUGAAAUGGACGGAGGAAGAGAAUAGCUUUUUAUUUUUUGGUAGACUGAUCAGUGGUUUGCCUGUCUUUCCCUGACUCUAAAGGAUGAUCGCACUCACCCAUGAUAAAUGAAGGAUUUAGGACUGGAUCAAUAUCGGACGAUGGAUGAGAUGCCAGGAGAAAGUGGAAUGAAGAAUGAAGCAAAUUACAUACCGGAUUCCAUAUUCUUCAAACCAACAAAACAAUACUUUGUCAAGGCUGACAAUGAUUUUCUCAGUUCUCUGAGAAGCACUUCCUAUUUUUUUCACCGAUCGAAGAAGCAAACAUGGACUGACCCCCCUUCUUUUGCUGUGGCGAGUCGUGAGGAAGUCAAAGAUGAAGAUGAAGAUGUGAGUGGCCUGACUUCAGUGGCGAAGAGAAGAAGUAGUACACAAUCAUUCCUACACCACCCCACCCUUGUCUCUAAAGGCAUUCCCCUACACAACGUACGAAACCCCACAUGAAACCCCCCAAUCAAAUCAUAUCUAAGAAAUUCUCCAUCAUAUGGGAAGGUGGAGCUUUUCCUCACAAGCCCAUACAACCCCUCUCUCUUUCCAUCUCUCCUCAUGAACAGAUUGAAGACCAAUUUAAAGCCACUGAGUUUAAAACAUCACUAUGUAGGUUAUCUAAAUCUCUUGGCUGGUCAAAGCUAAGGUUCCCUGGAUGCACUGUCGUAUCCAUGCCGACCAUCUGGUGUAUGUAAAUGAUCUUGGAGAGCGUGCUUUCCUGCUGCUAGUGUGUGCCCACAAGACCAGAUGAUUUACCAAACGUAUUGUUCAGAAAACCGCCAAGUUAAAUUUCUCCCUCUUUUUUUAAAGCCGGUUUGAACAAUUCAGAUUUUUGGCUUCGUAGGCUACGCCACAACACGAGAGUAGUCAUUUUGAAUUUACCUUGGUGGUGGUUGGACAUUUUAAUGAAUAGAGCUCAGUGUAUUUACAAAAAGGUCACUGAGAUGGGAGAAUAUGAGCUAAUUUGUCUCUUUGAUUUUAAAAACAUUUGAAAAACUCCAGUCCAGUCCACACCCCAUAUCUGUGUCUGUCGGACUGCACGAUUGGCAAAUGGAAAGCAGUUCUACUGUUACUUCACGUUCUCCUUAUCUCGCCGUGGUAAAGAUGGAGCUUUCAGUUGUUAAGAGCAUUUGAGUGCGAGUGGGGAGUGUGAUUUUAGAAUUCCACAGUGUCACGGUGGUGUUGGUGUUAGUGGUGGUAGUGGACUUUGCAUGGUCACAGACACACAGUGUUGUAUUGUAUGACUGCCGAUAUACCCUGCAGAGUCCACAGAUCAACUGAUCCAAUGGCUUUCCAAGACCAUAUGGCUAAAAUAGAUACCAGUACACACCGCAGCACGUCCGGGGAUACGACAGGUUGGAGGGUAUUUGGUUGGAGGGUGAACACAAUCUUUGAUAUGAUGCACAGAGACAUGUAUUAAAAACUUUAAAACUAUUUCCACAGCCUCACCACGCCCAUGCAAUCUAUUGCCCAAAUGCCCACUACUUACCCACCCAACAACAUGUUCUAAUCAAUGUUGUAUCCACUACUACGAUAGAGACAAGGUUGUUGUCAUUCAAACUGCCUCAGUCCUCAACAUACCCAUCCGGUAAAGACUAUAUCCCACCU